AUGACCGGCCCUGGCCUACUCUCCUUCGCGUUUCGCAGCAUGUUCAAGACGCCCGUCUUCGUCAGACUCACGCCGUGCUUCAACAUCUCCGUGACGAGACGCACAAUCCCGCCCGGCGACUCUUGCAAGAACCGUGAUGCGGCAGCGUCACCACUCCGAGAUGCUACCCAGAAACAGUGCGAAUACAACACGUGGAAUAUCUUCAACAGCUUAGGCUCUCGCGUCAACAGGCUGAUCACACUCCAGUGGUCUUGUGCGUCCGCAAGACGCGCCAGCUUGCCGAUAAUGUCGCGCAACACGGCAUCGUCCAUCUUGGCACCGCGCCGCAGCAAGAUCGACGCCAUCACGGGGUUGCCGUGGCAUGUAGAAAGUGCCCAGUCGAGAGUCGUCGCACCAUGCGAGUCGCGCCUGUCAAUGUCUACAUAG